UCCACACUCUUGAUUCGAUUGCCAGAGCCGCCAGCCAGUUGCUCAGUUACUCCCAGUCAGGUGACUUGGAAAAAAUAAAUUUGGAAUAAUUACAAAAAUUACACACAAAAUGGGAACCGGCAAGAAGAAUUAUCAGGCACCGGAGUGGCUUACCGCAGAGUUCCUGCAGGAUGUCCUCAAGGAGCACUUCAAGGAGGAGCAGCUGGUGGUAAGCGAGCUUCUGGUGAAGAGUGCCCAAGUGGGUGACCAGGCGGCGGGAUUUGCCAGUGAGAUGCACCGGGCCAGCUUCAAUCUGCAAAGGGGCUCAUCGCCCAAGAGCAAGUUCUCGGUGAUUGUGAAGGAUCAUCCGAAGGGACAGACUGGCGCAGUUGCCCAGCGAAGCAAGCUCUUCAAGCGCGAGAUUCUGGCCUACAAGGAGGUACUGCCACGGGUGCAAGCUCUUCUGCAGUCCAUCGGAGAUCAAACCAAAAUUGCACCCAUUUGCUAUUAUACGACGGAGUCCCCGGAACCCUUCCUCAUCCUGGAGGACUUGCAACUCUCCGGGUUUGAGAACUUUGAGAGGGGUCGCCUGCUCAACUUGGAUUAUGUGCUGCCCACCAUAGAGAAGGUGGCCAAGCUGCAUGCCUGCAGUGCCAUCAUUGCCCAGGAGAGUCCCCAGGUCUUGGAGUUCUUUGACGAGGCUCCUAUUUCCCGCAAUCCCGACCGCCGCGACUUUCUCACUUUUUUCCCUGUAAACAUUCGUUGUGUAGCCGAGGAGGUGGCCCACUGGAAGGGUUACGAGGAGAUAACCGAAAAGAUGUUUAAGCUGGCGGAGAAUGUUUUGCAGAAUGCCCUGGCCAUGUUCGAGGCUACGGGCAAGGAGUUUAGGGUUUUCAACCUCACGGAUUUGUGGAUUAAUAAUCUUAUGUUCCAUGUGAACAAUGAGACCAAGGAGCCGGAUGAUGUUGUUACGUUGGACUACCAGCUGUCCUAUGUAGGAUCUCCAGCUAUUGAUCUUAAUUAUUUCCUUUACGGAUCCCUAAAUGAGAACGUGCGCAAGGUUCACUUCAAGUACAUUGUCAGGGAGUACCAAAGGGUGCUCCAGCAAACCCUGGAGAAGCUCAACUACCAGGGACACAUUCCCAGCCUCAAGGAGAUUCACAUAGAGCUGAUCAACACCAGUUUGAUGGGUGUGAUUGGAGCCACUUGUCUAACGCCCCUGAUUUUCCGAGAGGGCGCUGGCUUUGAGAACCUGGAGGAUCUGAAUUCGCGCACAGAGAGCGGGGAUCAGUUCCGGCGGGAGAAUGUGGAGAAUCCCAAGUACCGGGCCUUCCUGCAGAGAACCAUCAAGGAGUUCGAGCUAUCGGGUUUCCUGGAUUUUUAAGGCAUAGAGAGAGAGCACUUGAGCAUUAUACAUUCUUUAAAAAGUAUUUCGGGCUUCCACUUAGAGUAAGCUAUGUUUUUCCAUGAGUAUUUCUGGCACACAAAUAAAUAAGCAAACAUUGUUAAACGUUUUACAAAAA